ACCACGUGAUGAGGAGCCCGCGGGGCUCUGAGCGGGAAGAGGCUGACAGCUCAAAACUGCGGCGGCGCGUUUCUUUGGCCGUGCGCACUCGGAACUAACGAAGCGUUGUGUCGCGAUUAAUCGAAUUGUUGUUCUCUUCUGUUGUGUGUUCUUCGAUUUGUUUGGGCUACGACCGCAACUGAGAGGGGUUGGAGAUCGCCGGUGCCACGCGUGCGCUGGCUAGCUGGCCGCAUUCAGGCACGGCAGGCCUAUACUGAAGGCCCGAGUUUUACAACACAUGUAACCAGGGUGAGUGAGAUCACUGGCAGUGCAGAAUGGAGCAAUCUUUCGCAGGCAGCAUCAAGAGGAAAGGUGCCAAGAAGAACACUGUGCUGUCAUUGCUGGACGACACUGUUGGGGGAACAGACAGCCCCGUCCUGAAGGACAGCAGUCGGCACAGGUCCAUCAACACGCCGGAGUCUUUCUGCAGCCCAUCUGUGACACUGCAUGGCCAUGGCACCGCUCUGCCGUUUGACAUUUCCAAAAUGCUGAGUCCGGUCAACACCUCAUGGAGCACACCUCCGCGAAGGCAAAGCCGAACACCACUUGCCAGGAAUACCAGCCUGAUGAGGGUUUCCAUGCUCAAUGACAGUGAGUCAAAUACGUCUGUACGGACGAUCCCCUGGCGAACGACCUUCCUCACAGACGUGCUGUCCCCGGGCAACUGCACUGAGGACCUCACAGCUGGCGCUGCCAUGUUGCAAGAAGAUGACCCUGGAGUGGCAGCUACGAUGAUCAUGUUUUCCGAUUUUCUGGACUCCUUAAUCAAGCGCUCGUCCAGUGAGGUCUUUCUCCUGGUGGAAGACUACGAAACUAUAUGCAACAACCAGGUGUCGUUUUUGAAGAAGAUCGCAUCCCGCACUGGGCCGGCCCAUCAUAAGCUCUCAAAGACCACCAGCAUCCUAUGGCUGCUCAAGCAGGAGAUGGUUACGUGGAGACUGCUUGCAUCGCUUUACAAAGAUCGCGUGCAGACAGCCCUCGAAGAGGAUGAAGUGAUGCCCAUCGAUGAAUUUGUUUCGGGGCCCAGCGAGAAGAAGGUUAUGGAGGCUUUAUUCCGCAGAGAUGUCACCACCAGGCAGAGCCAGAUUGUGGUUGACUGGCUUGAAAACAUCGCCAAAGAGGAGAUCGGUGCAUUCAGCGACACCGUCCCAUUCUCAUCGUCCUCCGUGUGCUGGGACAACACCCUGCACCUCCUGAAACAAGGAAACCUGUGCAGCGUCCUCGGCAUGCGGCGACCUUUUGUCACUGAAUUGGACCCAGACGCCCCCAUUCGACAGAAGCUGCCGCUCGCUGAGCUGGACCAGGAGGACGAGGCCAAGCUGCUGAAGCACCUCUUCUGCCUCAUUCGCGCUGGCAUGGUCGAGGAGGCGGAGCGGCAGUGCCGGCGGUGUGGGCAGGCAUGGCGGGCAGCCACCCUGGAGGGGUGGAAACUCUACCACGACCCCAACUACGACGGCGUGGGCAGCGACGGGGAGCUGCAGCCUGUGGAAGGGAACCCCUACCGGGACGUAUGGCGGUCGUGUUGCUGGAGAAUGGCCGAGGAGGAGCAGUUCAACAGACACGAGCGGGCCAUUUACGCGGCUCUCAGCGGCAACCUCAAACAGAUCCUGCCGGUGUGCGAGUCGUGGGAAGACUGCGUGUGGGCAUACUUCCGCGUGCUGGUGGACCAGCUCGUCGAGGCGGAGGUGCGCACGCUCGUCACUCGCCCAAGAGAGCUGGUCAACCUCCCCGCCGACGGCACCACCCUCGACCUGACGACUGAAAAGAUUUUUGAAGAUCUUCAGGCCACUGAUAACACGAGAGUCCUGGAUGAAAUGAAGGAGCCAUUUCACAUCAUACAGAAGUACAUCAUCCUGUCCGACAUUGAUGGGCUGCUGGGUGAAUUUUCUCAGUGGCUGUCGCAGACGGCCACCUUGCCCCCCCACUUGAUGCGCUUCAUGUCGCACCUCGUGCUGUUCUUCCGCACGCUGGGCCUGCACACAAAGGAGGAUGUGUGUGUGGAUGUCCUGAAGACAUACGUCGAGCUGCUGAUGCGAGAGGAGCGCACGGAGCUGGUGGCGUUCUACGCGAGCCACCUCCCGCCGGAGGUCGCCGUGUCGCUCUACGCCACCUUCCUGGAGGACAUCACUGGCACGGCGCUGCGCCAGCACUGCCUGCAGCUCGCCGAGAGAGCGGGACUGGACGUGGCGGCCGUGACCAAGACGAUCGUGGAGAACGUGCUGGGCCACGACUCGGGAGACUUCGCUCACCACGACUGCACGGCGCUCCUCGACGCGACCACCACUCCGGAGGACAAGAAGAAGAUCGAUGCCAUCGAGUGGUUGGUAUUCGACCCGAGCCAGCGCAUCGAGGCACUCCGGCAGAGCAAUGCCAUCAUCCGGACGUUCCUGGCAACCAAGAAGCACGAGGCGGCCAAUGCGGCGCUGGAGAUAAUCCCGGUGGACUCCAUCGAUGUGAUUUAUCGGCUGCACGAGGAGCCGGCCAUGGAGGGAGGCGGCGGUCGCAGCAUGGAGAGCAGCGCUAAGAACACCAUCAGGGAGCACCUCUCUAUACGCUUCUACCUGCAAGCACACGACUCCUUCAACGCCUGGUUCUGCCACUACAAGCAGGAGCCCAGCAAACCGAUGCUGCCCACGCGACACAACUUCUGCGACAAGGUGGCGCACGAGCAACGCGAGGACCAGUACCAGCUUGACCUCAAAGCGUGGGAGUCCCAGCUGCGGUUCCUGACGGCCCAGGCCAAAGACCACAUCCACAAUGUGCUGCUGUUCGUGGAGGGCGGCUGGAUGGUGGACUCGCGGGAGGAGGGUGGCGACGAGGACGAGGAUCGGGCCCGGCAGAUGCGCCAGCUGCGCCACCUGUGCCUGCCGUCCAUGUGCUUCCUGCUGCACUCGGUGCUGCAUGGCGCCGGCCUCUACCAGGAGUGCGUGCGCCUUGCGGACAUGGUCGCCGACAAGCACAACGCAAUCUACGAGGUGUUCAGCAAGGAGGAGCUGCAGACCUUCCUGCAGAAGGUGUGCGAGUCGAGCCUGAAACUCCUCGACAUGAAUUUGGACCCUUUGGGCUACGACAUUCACUCGUUCUGAGUCUGCUGGCCAACUUGUGGGGUUCUGGGUGACAAUAAAUAAAAACAAUUGUUUGUUGUACAUUGGUACAUUGAGCUGGUUUAUUUUUUUCUAAAUUCAAAUUCCCCCCCCCCCACCCACCACCUCCUAUGCAGGUGAUCCGUAUCACUCGAGCCAUUGUGAAAGUGCCAGGAAGUUUGUUGCUUGAUUCAUCUUUCUCGUAUAUGUGUAACCUGCCGUGGUGAUUUAAUUGGAGAACAGCAAACGCGACAGUUUGUAUCACUUUCUCAUUAGUGUCGGAAGAGUGCGCGCCCCUCACUGCCUUGGGAACUGUGCCGUGUCCUUGGGCAAGCCACUGCCUAUGAAGCCCGUACCUACCGAUACGGGAGUGUUAUGCAUACACAUUCUAGUGAUUAUGCUAUGUUAUGGUUACAACUCCCCUCACUUAUUUUGUAAUAUGUUUAAAUCAAUAAAGUUUUUUUUAAAUAU